CCACAAUAACCCAUCCAAUAAGUAUCUAGGCCACAGUGCAUGAAUUGAAGCAGCCUAGCUAACUAAAAUAAAAAAACAAACAUGGUGUCCACCAAAUCCAUUCUACAAUCAGCAGCAUCAGUGGCCGCAUCAGCGGUGAUGGUCCGGUCGCUGGCCCGGGAAAUAUUGCCCAGCGAGUUCCACGACACUGUCUUGUCAAAUGUCAAUGUCCUUCUCAAGUCCUUCUCUCCCACCAUGGAAUUAGUCAUCCUAGAGUGGACUAAGGGUGGCAAAAACCAAAUGUACGAGGCAGCGGAGUCGUAUCUAGGGAGGCAGCACGGUCUGUCCGACUCAGCCGCCUCUUACCGCUUACGCGUCGCCCUCCCCAAGGGCGAGGCUAAGAUCUCUACCACAAUAGACAAAGACCACCAAGCCGUUGAUUGUUUCAAGGGCGUCACCUUCACGUGGACUAAAAGCACUGCGAAGCGAAGGCGUGAUGAAUAUUGCACCACCUCAGAAGUAGAGUGCUCCCCUUUUUUACCAUCACCUUUCACAAGAAACACAAGAAGAUGGUGUUUGAGGCUUACUUCCCCUUCAUAUUAGCCGAGUCAAUCAAAGGCAAACUCGAGCUAAAGACUCCCAAGCUCUUCUCCAUGAAACUAGAUCACGGGUACUCUUAUAGUCAGGAUGGUGAUGAUAAUAAGUGGAAGUUUGUCAAGCUUGACCAUCCUUCCACCUUUCAAACCCUAGCUAUGGAUACCGAGUUGAAGAUAUCCAUUAUGGAAGAUCUUGAUAGGUUUGUGAAGAGAAGAGAGUAUUACAGGAAAGUUGGGAAGGCUUGGAAAAGAGGGUAUUUGCUGUAUGGUCCACCCGGGACGGGGAAAUCAAGCUUGAUAGCAGCCAUGGCUAACUACCUCGAAUUUGACAUAUAUAAUCUCGAUCUGACUGCUGUCCAUACCAAUUGUGAACUGAAGAGCAUUCUUCUUUCCACUGGGAACAGAUCGAUACUAGUUGUGGAAGACAUUGAUUGCAGUGUUAGUAUCACUAACCGAAUUGCAAACCAACAAGCCUUAUGUAACGCCGCCAAAAAGUCAAAAAACAGAGAUGUAAGUCCUAUUUAAUAUUAUUACUAUUACUUUUGUUACUAUUAUUAUUUUUUAUUACUCACUACAAAAAAAUAGUGUUUUUGUCACGAAGUGUUCACGGAUUAGUCUGUUACAAGUUUGUAACAGAUUUUGCAGUUUAUUUUGAUUUGGAGUGAAAGAUCAAAUAACACUACUACAUUUUUAGACCUAAUGUAACAAUAGAGAUGUAACAUAUCUAUAAUAGUGUUACCUAUUUCUCUAAUGUAACACUUUUUAGACCUAAUGUAACACUUUCUAGAAGUAUAAGUGUUACAUUAGGUACUAUAAAGUGUUAGAAUAGGUCAAAUGCACCACCACCAAAUGUAAUGGUAAAACAAUGAUACAUUUUUUCUGAAAAGUGUUACAUUAGAGAAAAUGUAACAUUUUUUUACCAUUACAUUUGCUGGUGUUGCAUUUGACCUAUUGUAACACUUUAUAGUACCUAAUGUAACACUUAUACUUCUAGAAAGUGUUACAUUAGGUCUAAAAAGUGUUACAUUAGAGAAAUAGGUAACACUAUUAUAGAUAUGUUACAUCAUUAAUGUUACAUUAGGUCUAAAAAUGUAGUAGUGUAAUAUAUAGAUGGCAUUCUAUUUUGAAAUUUAAGGGAGAGUAAAAUUUAAUCACUGUUUAUGAUAAAUGUUUUCGAGCACAUCAACCAAAUGAAAACUAACCUACAUUGUUGUAUAUGAGUUCAACCAGGUGGUGACUUUGUCAGGACUACUGAACUUCAUUGACGGGUUGUGGUCGAGUUGCGGGGACGAGAGGAUCAUCAUCUUUACCACAAACCACAAGGAGAGAUUGGACCCGGCGCUUCUACGGCCGGGUCGGAUGGAUGUGCACAUCCAAAUGUCAUACUGCACAUUUGGCGCCUUCUUGACUUUGGCCAAGAACUAUUUGGGAAUUGAGGGGCACUCUCUGCUUUUCCCAGAGAUUCAAAAUUUGUUGGAGAAGGCAAAGGUGACCCCUGCUGUGGUCGGUGAGCACUUGCUGAGUAAUGAGAAUCCUGACCACACCCUCCAAACUCUUGUUGACCUUUUAAAAGUGAAAAUAACCGAAAAUGAAAAUGAAAAAGCUAACCAGGCAGAGGGUGAAGCGGCUAUGGAACCCUUGAUUCAAUCUGAUGACAAAUCUUAUUAAUUAGUAUUAAGUGUGCUUUGUUUUAGCUUUAAUAUUAAUGUAAUACUUGGUGUAUUGUUGUUAGUACUGUUACAGUACUACCUAUCUUAAAAGAUGUUCUUUAUUUCACUUUAUUUGCCUUUUUUAUUUGUUUUAAUCCAAGUGGCUCUCUUUGUGAAUUGAUCGUCUUGUUG